UAGGAUGUCUAUAGAGAACCUCAACAACUCAAUCGAGCAUGACCAGCUCACCAUUUAUCAAGUAUCACUGAGAGGGGAUGUAGCUGAAUUAGAUGCAUUACUUCAACAAGAUGAGCUCAUUCUUGAUAGAGUCACUGUUUCUUCCUUCCAUGAAACUCCCUUACACAUUGCAGCCAUGCGAGGUCACCUUCAGUUUGCUCAAGCACUCCUCAAUCUGAAGCCCAAACUAGCCGAGGAGUUAGACUCUCUUUGCCGCUUGCCACUUCACUUGGCUUCUGCAGAAGGCUACUCCCAUAUUGUUAAAGAGUUGGUAACUGUGAAUCCUGAUGCUUGCUGGGCACGUGAUCAAGAUGGAAGAAUCCCACUUCACUUGGCUACCAUGAAAGGAAGAGUUGCAGUUGUAAAGGAAUUAGUCAGCGUUUGUCCUGAGUCAAUAAGAGAGAAGAUGGAUACUGGAGAGACAAUCUUGCACUUAUGUGUUAAAUAUAAUCGGUUGGAGGUUUUGAAAUUGUUGGUAGAAACGGUACGAGAUGAUGAAUUUGUCAGUGCCCCGGAUGAUAAUGGCAAUACCAUUUUGCACCUUGCAGCCAUCCUCAAACAUGUGCAGAUUACAAAAUACUUACUUUUGGAGACUAGCAUCAAAGAAAAUGCAAAUACCUUGAACAAGAAUGGAUUCACAGCACUGGAAGCUCUAGAGCACACUCCAGUGGACUCAAAUGGCCUGGAAAUAAAGAUCAUUCUUCUAGAAGCUGAAGCAGGCCAUGCUCAGAGGAACGAAGAGCGCAAUAGUAAAGUUCGAUCAUCAACAGUACAAAGAAAGAGAGGCCUAGCUGCCAGAACCUGUAAAUGGUGGAAUAAUUACUUAAAGAACGUAGGCAAGAGAUUCGAAGAGGCACGAGGCAAUAUUCUGAUAGCGGCUACUCUAACAGCAACUAUAGCUUUUCAAGCUGGGGUAAACCCACCCCAAUUUAAUAAAGACCAGAAUGCAACUGUAGUUUCAACUUCUUCUUUUUAUCUUGAUUCUUAUCUUGGUAAUUCAGAAACAUAUUUCUGGUAUUGCAACACUGUUUCUUUGAUGCUCUCUCUUAUUAUUAUUAUGCUGAUGUUUAGCGGAAUUCCUUUCAAAAAUAAGAUUUUAGGAGUUUUCCUAGUAAUUAUCAUGUGCAGCGCAAUCCUAUAUAUAUCACAAGCAUAUUUCUUUGCGGCGGCGUCAAACAUGAGGCUGGGAGAAAAUGGUUGGACUUUGGCAGUGAAAACAGUGUUGUUAAUUCCCACUAUAAUUCGUUUUUUAUUGUGGUUUAUUAUUUUGAUACAUUUUGCUUCCUUUGUGAUCUGGCUGUUUCAGAAGAUCUACCGAUGUAUUUCUAAAUUAAUAUCGAGUUUAUGUUUAUAAAGUUUUUUUUUUUUUUUUUUUUUGCUAAGAGAUAAUUUCUAUUAAUUGUAACUUUUGAGCUUUAUGCAAUGAAGUUUCUGGUUAGCUUUAA